GUAUCGGCCGCAUUGCCAAGCUUAUCGCCGGCGAGGAGCCACAGCGACUUGCAGAAGCCGACGGGGGACAGAAGACCACCUGCUUCUGCUUCCCGGACACUUCUGGCAGCCAAACGCCCCUGCAGCAGAACCUCAACAAGCUAGGCGCUCGUAUCGGUGUCCUCGCGAUCGUCGUUUGCGUCGGCAUCUUCAUCAUCGGUUGGGUUACGGACCGCAAAGACCCCGCCAAUCCGGAGAGUGCUGCAUGGCUCUACAUGAUUCUGGUGUCCGUUACCUUGGCGGUGGCUGCCAUUCCAGAAGGCAUCCCGCUCUGCGUGACCAUCUCGCUGUGGCCCGGCCGAGGUCAAUUGGCUGCUCAGAGCCUCGGCUGUGGCACGUUCCACUGCAGGGCCUGCCAUGGCCAGCACCUCAGUCCGGACAUGCGGCAGGGCGCGGACGAGCGACCCAAAGUCGUCUUUCUGAGAAAUCCGAAGAUUGGGCGAGACAUUGUGAACCAGGAGGUGCUUGUCCGAAAGCUCGCGGCAGUGGAGACCUUGGGCUCGGCUUCCGUCAUCUGCAGUGACAAGACAGGAACGCUGACUGAAGGCAAGAUGACCAUGGUCGGCAUGUACACAGCUGGUGUCACCUACGAUGUGACCGGCAAGGGGUUCGACCCCGAGGUCGGCCAAGUGCAGCGUAGCGGGAGCACGGCGAACAGUGGCAAGGACAUGGGUGUGAAGAGCAACCUUCUGGCAGCAAUCCUUUGCUGCAACACCACGCUGUCUAAAGAGAAGGACGAGGAUGGUGUGAUGAAGUGGACGCCCAAGGGCAACUCCUCCGAAGCUCCAAUCGUCGUUGCGGCACGGAAAGUGGGUCUGUCCGAGACAAUUGCAAGCGAUUACCCGCGGGUGCUGGAAGUGCCUUUUUCAUCUUCUCGGAAGAUGAUGCUCACCGUGUCGCGCGUGAAGGGCACCGAGCUUUGCCCUGGUGGCAUGCCGCUGCCAGCAGGCACCAAUUACCUCGCGGUGUGCAAGGGCGCCCCGAACUACAUUAUCGACUUGUGCUCGGAACAGUUGAAAGAGGAUGGCAGUGUGGCCAAGCUGAGUGAUGAUGACAAGAAGGAUAUCUUGAAGAUUGUGGAUGGUUACUCUGCGCGUGCGCUGCGAGUUCUGGCCAUCGCAGCGCGGCCAAUGAGCUCCCUGCCGUAUGAUGAGAGCAACGAGGAUAUCUCCACGGAUCAGAAGUUCGAAGCUUGCCGCAAGCAGCUGCGCUUGAUUGGACUGGUCGCGUCUAUCGAUCCCGAGCGCGAUGGCGUGCCGGAUUCUGUCCUCGCAGCCCGUGGUGCGGGCAUUCGCGUGGUCAUGAUCACAGGUGACUAUCUCCUUACGGCCAUUGCUAUUGCCAAGAACGUCAACAUCCUGCAGCCCUGCGAUGAUCCCGAUGUCUCUGCUGUUGACUGCGCCUGCCUCCGCCCCGAUGGCGAGUACCUGGACAACAAGGAGAUGGACAAGCUGACCGGCUCGGUUCGCGUGUUUGCACGUGCUAAGCCCGAGGACAAGCUUGAGAUCGUGAAGAGCAUUCAGCGACAAGGACAGGUGGCGGCCAUGACAGGUGAUGGUGUCAACGAUGCCCCCGCUCUCAACCAAGCCGACAUCGGAGUGGCCAUGGGAAUCCAAGGGACCGAGGUGGCCAAAGGUGCUUCCGACAUGAUUCUGACAGAUGACAACUUCUGCUCCAUCGUUGCUGCUGUCGAGAAGGGUCGUGCCAUCUAUGCUGGUAUCCAAAAGUUCGUGGCCUUUAUCAUGUCUGUGCACAUUGCAGAGGUGAUGCAGAUCUUCAUUUGCAUCGUCGUUGGCAUCCCUGUCAUGCGAACACCCCUUCAGAUCCUGUUCCUGAUCCUUGUCACCGAUCUUCCGCCUUCCAUCGCGCUGGGCGUCGAGCCCGGUGAGGCAAACAUCCUGAAGAUGCGCCCUCGUCCCAAGGACGAGCCGAUUGUGCUGAACUGGAUGUGGUUGGCCAUGGUCAUGAACGGCAUGGUUCUUACAACUGUGAUCGUCGGCGUGUACCUGGUCUCUCUGAUGCACUUCUGCGACGGCGAGAUUCUGCAAGCCAACAUCUACACGUUGGAAGGCUAUGAGACCAAGUUGAGCUUGGCCCAGACGGUGGCCUUCAUCUCCCUGGUGUGGUCUGAGAACAUCCGCGCUUACAUCUCCCGCUCCUUCACAAAUCCGAUGUGGCACGACAUCCUUGGAAACAAGGAGAUGCAGAAGGCGAUUGUCCUCGCGCAGAUCUGCUUGUACGGAGCUGUCUUAAUCCCGUAUCUCUCCGACAAGAUUCUGGGACUGCGAGGUCUGGAAAUUGGUGUGUUUGGCUGGGCGUUGGCGAUCGCCGGCCCUGUGGGCUGCUUCAUCCUCUCCGAGAGCUGCAAGCUAAUCAGCGCCUACCAAGCCAAGAAAUACCAGGACUCCUUGGCGAUUACCCAGCCAUCUGAAAAAAGGCCAGCUCUUGCCGGCAAGGGCAAGCCAGCGAAGCCGGCGAAGGCAGCGGCAGAGGCUCCUCAGGGCCGUUGCUGCUGG